UCGGUUUGAUUAAAGUUAUCCAAAAUGGCUGACGAAAAGAGCGAUAUUCAAAGCAAAGAUGUACACGUGGACUCAUCACACGCGGUCACGAAAAAGAAACGCAUAACUAAAGCAGAAAACCUUAAGGAAAAAUUGGCUAAAGCUAGGGAUGAACGUUCCGAUCGUAUCUUAACCCUUCAGUCGACUCAUCGUCAUGUCUGCGAUAUGGUUAGUACGUAUUGGGAAGUAGACGUUAAUGAGAUAAUAGAUGCAGUAGGCGACGAUAUUGCCCAUGUGAAGCUGCUCGAAAGUUUUUGUAAGGCGAACGGCGCUUGCGCUGUCAUUUUUGUUAGCCAAAUUGGACCCGCUUACGAGAUAUCAACUGGUCGCCAUAAUCCUGUAAUCCCAGCGGAUUCGACGACUCGACGUUGCUACAUCACAAAUGGUCUGACCGUGCCGUUAACCGGUAAAGCCGUGAUAGUUUACAGGAAUAAUAACGCAAAGGACGUGGACAUGCGAACCAUAGCGGACGACGUCUACUUCACCCAGUUUGAUAUGAGCGAGAAUAACUAUAACAUCGUAUGCGGUUUAUAUACUCUCCUAAGUAAAUUCGUAACAUCAUCGCUGACUAAAACUAAAGAAUGGGGCGAUCUCACGAAGACCGACAUUGGUCUGCAAGCGAAGAGCGACUUUUUAGCGGAUUAUAUUUGUUUCGCCAAUUUUAUUGAUAAAACUAGAAUCGAUCUGGACGAGUUGGUAGAGUUUGACGAAAACCCAGAAGUGACGGAGCAGAUCAACUCACCCACUAAGAUUACGGCGGCCGUACGUAAUCCCGACCUAUUGGAGAAAGCCUUGGCGAGCGUCCGAGGAUGGCUGAAACUGAUAGAACGGGUCGUAAUCCAGUUUCAUCAGUUGCGGAGGGAGGACGAGUUCGUGGGCCCUGUGGUGGAAAUCGAAUACUGGCGUAGACAACUGGCUAAAUUUACGAGUGUGCUCAAGUUUACAGCUACUGAGAACUGCGAGUUUUACAUUCGAUUGAUAUCAAAGGCUAGAUCGAGAUACGUGAAGUCGUGGAAGUCUUUAGAUGACAAGGUUAUAGAAGCUCGCAACGAGUGCUUGGACAAUGUGAAGUACCUGUACACCCUGGAAACUUACUAUGAGCCAUUGUACAGGUGCGAUCCUACCAAGAUACCGGCACAUCUGGCCGGUUUACUCAAUGCUAUAAGACUGAUAUACACCACAUCAAGAUAUUACAACAACACAUCGAGUAUUACGGCUAUUUUGGUGAAGAUAUCCAAUCAGAUAAUAAUAAUGUGUCGUAAUUACAUUAACUGCAACGGAACCAAGACCAUUUGGGUGCAAAAGAAAACUGAUGUCAUCGACAAGAUUAAGGUGUGCCUAGACCUUUACUUACGGUACUAUCAGUGUUUCAAACGCAUACAAAAAGACAUGGAAGAUUCUGGUGAGCAGCCGUUCGUCUGUUCAGAAAUAUACGUCUUCGGCAAACUGGAGACAUUUAAAAAACGUUUGGAGAGGAUCACGGAAGUUUUUACCGUGACGGUCAAGUAUUCGAUUUUGGAAAGCAGCACCAUCGAAGGUAUAGGCGAGUUUGCGAGCAGAUUCUCAGAGUUUUACAAAAAUGUGUCGACAAAAAAGUACGACGCCCUUAAUCAUCGGCAAGAUAUGUUCGAUGAGGACUACACUGAGUUUAAGAAAAACGUGGCUAAAAUUGAAUGGGAUCUUGAGGAGUUUGUGGGCAACUCUUUGGAGAAAAUGGUCGACGUCGAUAACGUCGUCCGCUUGCUGGUCAGAUUCGAGAAGCUGGACUUGCCAUGCUUACAUUUAGAUGAUCGAUACCUGGAAGCGAUAGAAAUGUUUCAGAGUGAAAUCGAAGAAUUACGAGAUCACUAUAAUGAAGAAAGGCAAAACCCGCAUUUACCUUGGAAUGUACCACCGGUAAGCGGUAGGAUUAUGUGGAUACGCCAGCUGUAUACAAGAAUUGAAGAACCCAUGAACAAAUUUAAAGAGAAAUUAAAGGUUAUGAGGCAUCGUAAAGUUCAAAAAUGUAUUCAGAUGUUCAAUUCUUUGUCUUGUGUUUUUGUACACUAUGAACAAUUGUACCACAAAGCUUGGUUUAAGCACAUCCCUCAGGUGAGAGGAGUAUUAGGUGCGCCGAUACUAAUCACCAAUAAUAAAACAAGAAGGUUUGUGGUCAAUUUCGACCCUUACAUAGUGGAGGCAAUCCGGGAAACUGAGUACAUACAAAAACUGGAUCUUCCCGUACCGGAUGUGGCUCAAAUAUUGGUCUUCUGUAAAAAUAAGAUUCUUCACGCCUACGAGGUGGUGAAGCAACUGGUUGAAAAGAACAACACCAUGAGAAGAGAUAUGCCCAAGUUGUUCAUUCCGCUACUUAAAAGUCAGCUACUGAAAAUGCAAGUGGUCUUUAUGCCCGCCCUCUCAACAAUCACAUGGACGUCAAUGAGAAUUCCCGACUUCUGCAAAAACGUAACGGAAACCUUGGAAAUCGUACAGAUGUUUCUAAAGGAAGUCACCGAUAUAAAGGAGGCGCGCAUUGACGAAGUUUUUGCGCAAAUUGCCAAGACGUUUUUAACUUUCCUUCCCCCAGAACCGAUAUUCCCGAAUGAGUUGCUGCAAAUCUGUCUAUCGUAUAAAAUUCAAAAAGUGGCGGAAAUACGCUUGAAGCUGUAUACAGUCGAGAAAGCUGCAAUAUCGCUAGUUAAUAAAUUUGCCGAUACACUGUCAGACCCAGAAAUACAAGCUGAGAAGUACAACUGGUUGGAUACGACAAAGCCCCUUAAUGCAUCCUCUUCUACGUCAAAGUUAGCAUCGGAUGCAGCUUUUAAGGAGAUUGACCCCAAAAGUUUGUCAGACAUCCACCUUUUUCACAAAGAUUGCCUGGAUCUUUUUGAAUACUUUAAUGGUAAAACCGUCGACUGUCUAGUGAGAGCAACGAAAUUAUCCUUGGACCUUUUAAGACAAAGGGUGAAACCGGUUAGCUUUAUGGAUGACCACGCAACUCCCACCCCAAUAUUGCUGACCAGAAUGCAAUUACGCAUUCCCCUCGCGGUUAUCAAUCCAACUCUUGACGAAAUCGAGUUGCAUUUCGGCAAAAUUGUUAACAUCGAUAUUAAAACGCACGCUUCUGGUACCAUCAUUGCGAACGGAAAGGAUGCGUACGGCCGCGUUUGGGCCGCCGUUGAUCACGUCGAAAUUGAGAGUCGCAGGUUCGGCCUUUAG